AACUCCACUCACACUCAAUCACAUUACAUCCCAUAGAUUCCCAACACUUUUUAAACCCUAGCGGCACUACUUUACAGUUCAAACCCUUUCUCUCUCUAGAACAUGGCCGAUCCCGAGCACCGCGAAGAGGAGGAAGCACCCGCCGUCGGUGACGACGAAGACACCGGAGCACAAGUCGCUCCGAUUGUCCAACUCCAAGAAGUUGCCGUCACUACCGGUGAAGAAGACGAAGAAUCCAUUCUAGAUCUCAAAUCAAAGCUUUACCGUUUCGAUAAAGAUGGAAAUCAGUGGAAGGAGAGAGGUGCUGGGACGGUCAAGUUCUUGAAGCAUAAGGUUACUGGUAAAGUGAGGCUUCUCAUGAGGCAAUCGAAGACACUCAAGAUCUGCGCUAAUCAUCUCAUUAUACCUACGAUGAGCGUUCAAGAGCAUGCUGGGAAUGAGAAAUCUUGUGUUUGGCAUGCUAGGGAUUUUGCUGAUGGUGAACUUAAGGAUGAGCUUUUCUGCAUUCGAUUUCCUUCAAUUGAAAAUUGCAAAAGCUUUAUGGAAACAUUCCAAGAAGUUGCCGAGUCCCAGAAGCAAGUGGAUGACCAGGAUGCAUCUGCAGCAGCUGUUCUUGUUGAGAAAUUGACUGUUGAAGACAAGGCUGCUGAUGCAGAGAAGAAAGAUGAAGAGAAGUCCAAGGAUAAAACUGGAGAGAAAGAAUCUGCAUCAGAGGCAAGUAAGGCAGAUGCAGAUAAAAAAGUUGAAGAGCCUGCAUCCUCUGCUUGAGAAUUCUUUAUUCAUACUACUAUGCAAUCUGACAAGGUUGUGGUCGAUGUUUUUACAGCCCAUGUCUUUGGAUAUUGUCAUACUUAAUAGUCGUCAGGUUGUCACUGUCGUUCAAUUGAGUUGUUUGUGUCCUCGUGUUUUUGUCAGCACAACAAGCAAAACUAGGGUUGGGUGUGAAUUUUGAGACUUUGAACUGGUUGAGCUUUUGGGGUCUGGGAGUUUAUUGUUAUAGUUAAUUUCAUUCUACAUGUGUAUUUUUUGCAAGUAACGAGUCAUGUUGAUUGGGAGGGUGCAUUCGAGAAUGGCCAAAGUCAUACAGGCUUUGGAUACAGUUUGUUUGAGUUUCAUAUUUUGGUUAACAUUCAUUUUUGGUCUUUUAUCUAUUUUUUUUUUU